AUGCUCCCUCUUCGGUCCGCCAUCUUGAGGCAAGGGCCGUCUCGAGAGGCGCUUCUGUGUUCACAAUGUCGGAUCAUUUCACAGCCUCAAUGGCCGCAUGCCGCCCGAGGCUUCUGGUCAUCCUCUCAUCGCCGAACGGGCGUCACGGAUAAUCAGACCACCUCUGCCCUACAGAAGACCUACUUUUCUCCGAAUCGACUGUACGAUAUCUCAAGAUUGAAAGGAGGUUUUCUGUCAUCCUUUUCAUCUCCCAAUUCUUCUUCCGACAAUCUUUCCAAUGCUUCUACCUCUCAAUCCUCGAGUCAACCGUCCGCAGGUUCCCCCAAUUCGACUGCGGGUUCAUCAUCGGACCCCAUUGCUGCUCAAGCUAAUCGGGACGAGCUUCCGCAUCGACGAAGGAAACGUUUAAAGGAGUCUGACUCCGAAAAUGUGUCUGUGGAGCAUGUCAUACCACCCGAUGCCUCCGCACAGCUCUCGAAGCUUUCCUCUGCCCUCCCCACGACCUCGCUCCGCCGAAAACUGGCCGCGUUCUUUGCUCUCACCAAACCCCGACUGUCCUUCCUCAUUCUCCUCACCACGACCUCUGCGUACGGAAUGUAUCCGAUCUCCUCGCUACUUACCCUCGACCCGGCGAUGACCCCUCUCCCCACCCUCUCAACGUCGACUUUGACCUUUAUAUACUUGACGGCAGGUACAUUCCUAUCAUGCUGUAGCGCCAAUACACUCAACAUGAUGUUUGAGCCUCGGUACGAUGCAUUGAUGUCGCGCACGCGGAAUCGUCCGCUGGUCCGCGGGCUGGUCUCGCCCCGCGCGGCACUGCUGUUUGCCAUUGGCACUGCUGCUGCUGGUCUUGGAUUGUUGUAUGUUGGGACCAACCCGACUACCACUGCGCUAUCUGCUGCAAACAUUUUUCUGUAUGCAUUUGUCUAUACUCCGCUGAAACGAAUCAGCGUGGUCAAUACAUGGGUUGGCGCGAUUGUUGGUGGCAUCCCACCCUUGAUGGGCUGGGUUGCAGCAGCCGCUCAAACCGCAACCACCGGCCAUGAUACGUGGCGGGAUAUGCUUUUCAGUGAAGAUAGCAUUGGUGGAUGGCUCUUAGGUGGAAUCCUGUUUGCUUGGCAGUUCCCUCAUUUCAAUGCUCUGUCUCAUCUUAUUAAAGAUGAGUAUAAGGCUGCAGGUUAUAGAAUGCUGUGCUGGGUGAACCCAGCCCGCAAUGCUCGUGUUGCUCUGCGUUAUUCAGUGCUCAUGUUCCCUAUUUCCAUUGGUCUUUGGUGGGUUGGUGUCGUCGGUCACGGAUUCCUAGUGGGCAGCACAUUUGCCAACGGCUGGCUUGUCCGUGAGGCUUAUCGCUUCUGGCAGCACCAAGGCGCUCAGGGAUCCGCUCGUGGCCUCUUUUGGGCUAGUAUCUGGCAGCUUCCAAUUCUGCUUGUCGGUGGUCUGGUUACCAAGAAGGGCUUGUGGGACGGCGUGUGGCGUCAGAUCUUUGGGGGACCCGAAGAAGAUGAGGAUGAAUUUGUGUAUUAUGACGAGGAGGAUGAAAUUGUUGAUGGCUCUGAAACACCCCAGAAAGACAGCCGAACUUCUUUGUCGUCCUCACGAGGGAGUGUUUUGUCAACUGCAUAG